AUGUCCGUCACGGCCUCUGCUAGUCACAAGCUUGCCGCCUCGCUGCCCCAUGGCGACGGUCAGGUUAGUGCUUCGACCACGGCGCGCUCGACAGCCCCGCUUCGCAUGCGCCACCCAGGUAAGCUUGCCGUGCUUUUUCAUUCACCGCAUGCAGCUGCUGUUAAUAGUAGUGCUCGCUCUCUUCGAACGUGUUCCCGCGAAAAUUGCGUUUCUGACGCCUACCCGCCUGUCCCCGCACCGCUGCUUCCAUCCACGCAGAUAAGGGUGAAGCUUCCGACUCAGACUCGGACCAUGGUACCUCCGACAGCGACGGCGAAACGACUGCCGUCGACGACGGGUACGCUGAGGACAACUAUGUCCGCAAGGUUCUCGCCAAGGAACGACCUCUGCCGCCCAUCACGCUUAAGACUUUGCCACAGAAUAUCCAAGUCGUUUCGACUCUAGCGUUAACACUAGUGCCGCUCUUGGCCGUCUACGGUGCCUUUACGACGGAGAUUAAGUGGCAAACGAUGGUAUGGUCGGUUGUUUACUACUUCUUCACCGGCCUUGGUAAGUUCUAUCUUCCUCGCGAUUGAGAUGUCUUCCCGAAAGCUUCGGGCCUAAAAUCAGCUUUCCCGCUUACGCUUGGAUGUUGGCGUUUACCUAAGGCAUUACCGCGGGCUAUCAUCGACUCUGGGCGCACCGAUCUUACACUGCCUCGAGGCCGCUGCAGUACUUUUUGGCGCUCGGUGGCUCGGGUGCUGUCGAAGGUUCAAUCAAAUGGUGGGCACGUGGCCACCGCGCGCAUCAUCGCUACACCGACACCGACCUGGACCCGUACUCCGCGCAGAAGGGCUUCCUUCACGCCCACUUGCUUUGGAUGGUCCUCAAGCCUCGCCGUGCACCGGGAACUGCCGACGUUUCUGAUUUGUCGUCGAACGAAGUCGUCAAGUGGCAGCACCGGUUUUACCUCCCCCUCAUUGUUGGCAUGGGCUUUGUCUUCCCCACUGUGGUGGCCGGGCUGGGUUGGGGAGACUGGCGCGGAGGCUACUUCUUUGCGGGUGCGGCUCGACUUACCUUCGUCCAUCACUCGACCUUCUGCGUCAACUCCUUGGCGCAUUGGCUUGGCGAAACCCCUUUUGAUGACAAGCACACGCCCAAGGACCACUUCCUCACCGCGCUCGUCACCGUCGGCGAGGGAUACCACAACUUCCACCACGAGUUCCCCUCGGACUUCCGCAAUGCCAUCAAAUGGUACCAGUACGAUCCGACUAAAUGGUUUAUCUUCACGAUGUACAAGCUUGGUCUGGCGUCGAAUCUUCAAACGUUCCCCGAUUCCGAACUCGCGCGGGGUCAAUUCAACAUGAAGCUGAAGAAACUUGCUGCCUCCGCGUCGAAUCUCCCUUGGCCCAAGGGCUCCAACGAUCUUCCUGUUCUUACGUGGGAAUCAUUCCAGGAAGAGGCCAAAUCGCGCGAUUUGCUCGUCAUUGGCGGCUUCAUCCAUGACGUUUCGCAGUUCAUGGAUGAGCAUCCUGGUGGACGAGGCCUGGUCAAAAGCCGUCUUGGUCGCGACGCCACUACCGCGUUCUACGGCGGGUACUACGACCACAGCAAUGGCGCUGGUAACGUACUUGCCCGAUUGCGUGUCGGCUGCAUCGAAGGUGGCUAUGAAGUUGAGGCGCUCAAGAAGUAUUCUCAGAUCAUCGAAGACAUAAAGAGAUACGGCGGCGAUGGUGUGGCUGGCAAGACUGCUGAUAUGGGCUCCUCCGCUCGUGCUACGGUGGCCAUCAAAGGUGAUCCUGCGCACCGCGGGUCGAAGCUGGAGACCCUCAAGGACUACCCCACUUUCAAGCCCGAGGUUCUACCUUUGAAUGGCGGUUUGACCCAGUCCCUCUUUGAAUAG